GCCCCUCCUCAGACAGGUCUAUAUUUAUGAGACCUCGUAAGGCAGAACGCAACGCCACUCAAAUAUUUCACCACCACCACCACCAGAACAUUCAGAAACAAGAAAUAAACACACACACACUAAUAAAACAGUUCUUGCGAAAGAAGGAAAGCGCUUCCGCAGAAGUGCUUUCACGCGAUUUCUUCUUCCAAGUUUUCAGAUUCUCGUGGAUUUUUCGGGUGUUCGUUACCAGCACAUUGCCGAUUCUGGUAAAUUGGGGGCGGCUUGACAAAAUGGGAGCCGGAGGACGCAUGUCUGAUCCAACAACGAAAGACGAACAAAAGAAGAACCCCCUCCAACGGGUGCCUUACGCAAAGCCUCCAUUCACACUCGGUGACAUCAAGAAGGCCAUUCCACCACACUGCUUCGAGAGAUCCGUCAGCCGUUCGUUCUCCUAUGUCGUUUACGAUCUCGUCAUUGUUUUCCUUCUCUACUACAUUGCGACUUCUUACUUCCAUCUGCUGCCAUCCCCAUACUGCUACCUAGCUUGGCCCAUUUACUGGGCUGUACAAGGCUGCGUUUGCACCGGAAUCUGGGUCAUUGCCCAUGAAUGUGGCCACCAUGCAUUCAGCGAUUACCAGUGGCUUGACGACACAGUUGGCCUCAUCCUGCACUCUGCCCUGCUCGUGCCCUAUUUCUCAUGGAAAUACAGCCACCGCCGCCACCACUCCAACACUGGAUCCCUUGAGCGUGACGAAGUCUUCGUCCCAAAGCCAAAAUCCAGAGUCUCGUGGUACUCCAAAUACUUGAACAAUCCACUUGGCAGAGUCAUCACACUUGUGGUUACUCUUACUCUCGGUUGGCCUCUAUACUUGCUGUUUAAUGUCUCUGGCAGGCCUUACAACCGUUUUGCAUGCCACUUUGACCCAUAUGGUCCAAUAUAUAAUGACCGUGAGAGACUUCAAAUCUUCAUCUCCGAUGCUGGUAUAAUUGCUGCUGUAUGUGUGCUUUAUCGUGUUGCUUUGGUCAAAGGGUUGGCUUGGCUGGUAUGUGUUUAUGGGGUACCGUUACUCAUUGUCAACGGUUUCCUUGUUUUGAUCACAUUCCUUCAGCACACUCACCCUUCGUUGCCGCACUAUGAUUCUUCCGAGUGGGACUGGCUAAGGGGAGCUCUUGCAACUGUCGACAGAGAUUAUGGGGUGCUAAAUAAGGUGUUCCAUAACAUCACAGAUACGCACGUGACUCACCACCUUUUCUCAACGAUGCCACAUUACCAUGCAAUGGAGGCAACUAAGGCAAUCAAGCCCAUACUGGGCCAGUAUUAUCAGUUUGAUGGAACCCCGUUUUACAAGGCGAUGUGGAGGGAGGCAAAGGAAUGUCUGUAUGUCGAGCCAGACGAGAGUACUCCAGACAAGGGUGUAUUCUGGUACAAGAACAAGUUCUGAAGCCGAAUAACAUGUGGUUAGUGAAAAUGGCGUCUUCUUAUUUUGUCCUAUGGAGAUGGAGGAACAUCAUCAUGUUUUCUUUUUCUUCUUAUAAGAUGCGUCCUUUGUUAGUGUAUUCUCUGCAUGUAAUAAAAUAAACUUCUACCCGAAACCUUGUCUGUGCUGGUCGGAUUCUAGUUCUGCAAUAAAUUGUCAAGUUUAGUGAUGGCUUCA